AAUGAUAAUAAGUUAGUUUCUACUCAUCUUCUGUAUCUAACAGUUCAACCUUUCUAACAUUCUAACUGUUCUAACGUUCAACCUUUAGUUUAUAAAAAUCAGAACACAUCAGAGAUCGAGUAACUUCUUGCCGAUGAGGAUGUAUUCCUAAAUUCUUUAACAGAUAGUUUAUAUGAGAUAUUUUAAUUGAACAUAUAUUGGUUUUUUAAACAUCAAAUAAAGACAAGUGAUACAAAUAACUUAUAUCAAAUAAUACUGUUAGUACUUACAAGUAAUAGUUUAAAUGCAAGUAUCGACAACAGAUGAUAAGAAUGAAUGUUAAACUUGUUUCUUUUAUAUUUAUGCUUACUGUAGUGCUACUACAAAGUAACACUAAGGGAGCAAAAGUAAAUUUAUGGAGAGAUUUUAAAUUUCUUCUUGAACCUUUGUACAAUUACUUGUUUCCUAAAGAUCCUGUGGUGAGAGUAAGGAAGCCAGAAGAUGUCAAAACAGAACAGAACAAUGUAACCUUAUUGAAUUUCAUUGGUUUAGUAGAGAAACAUGGUUAUUCUGCCGAGGAGUAUUACGUAACAACGAAAGAUGGUUAUAACUUGGUAAUACAUAGAAUAUCAGAAAGACCUUUAUCUAAGACUCAACAGAGAAGAAAAGUAGUGUUCUUCCAACAUGGUCUUUUGGUCUCAUCUGAUACGUGGGUGCUGCUUGGUCCUGGUAGAGACCUUGCAUUUUUAUUAGUUGAUCAAGGAUAUGAUGUAUGGCUUGGAAAUUACAGAGGAAGUUCUUAUUGCAAAUCACAUGUAAAAAUAUCUUCACAAAAUAAGGAUUUUUGGCAAUUUAGUUAUCACGAAAUGGGGACUAGAGACCUACCAGCUAUGAUCGAUUAUGUACUUAAUUACACAAAACAAAAAACUCUACGCUAUAUUGGUCACUCGAUGGGAACGACUAUGUUUUUUAUUUUAUUAUCCAUGAAGCCCGAAUACAAUGCAAAAAUAGAAUUGGGAAUCUGCCUUGCUCCAAUCGCCAUUUGGAAAGAACCGUAUCCUUUAAAUGUAUUUAAAUAUAUUGGUAAUGAAGAUAUUAAGGAAUUUUUCGAUUUCAAUAAAAUAUAUGAAUUAUAUUCCACAUCGUCAAGGAUAAUAAAAAUGGGAAGAACACUGUGUGCAGAUAAGACAAUUACUCAGGCUCUCUGCGUUGCGAUAAUAUCUUUAAUCAGCGGAUUCAAUUCAGCACAAUUCAAUGCUGUACAUUUUACAAAUCUAAUAUGUAGCACGAUUUUGUUAAUUACAUUAUUACCGGAAAUACUUUCGUAUUUUCCGAGCGGAUGUUCCAUGCAAACGCUUCAUCAUUAUUACCAAAAUCUUAUUACAGAAAAAUUUCAAGCUUACGACUAUGGAUAUUUAGACAAUUACAAACAAUAUGGACAGAUAAGACCUAUAACGUACGACUUAAAAAAAAUUACUACACCCUUGGCUUUAUUUUACAGCGGAAAUGAUUUUUUUACUUCAAAACCGAGUGUUCUCGAAACAUAUAGGCACCUACCAAAUGUUAUCGUACUGGAGGAAAUAUCAUAUAAAUUAUUCAACCAUUUGGAUUUUUUAUACGCCAUCGAUGUAAAAACUCUACUAUACGAUCGUUUGAUACAACUACUUCGAAAGUUUAAUUAUAAUUAAGCACAACGUUCAAAAGGUUUUAGCUAUUGUUCAGGCAUCUUGGAUAAUGCUAAUGUCGGCAAUACUACAGUUUUUAAGCUUCAUAACUGGAGAUUUACUUAAUCAAAAAAUAUUUUAUCUAAGUAUUUUAGAAAGCUCUUGAUACUAACUAUUACAUUUUGGAAUAAAAAAUAGGGUGUUUUAUUUAAAAAAAUUAAUGUGACCUACCUGACCUUGGCAACGCCGUUUAAGAUCAAGCUAAUAAGACCAAUAAAUAGAUUUUUUUAAGCCCCUUA